AUGGUUCCAGUUACAGCAUUGUGUAAUGAAAUAGAACGUGUGAGUAUUCUUAGAGAAUGCGGUAAAUUUAAGAUUAAUAUAAAUGGACAAAUCAUCGAAACAUUGAAGUCAUCCGCAGUUUGUUUUUCAAGUUUCAUCAAAGAAAAAUGCAUUUUUAAUAAAUUAAUUUCAUAUAUUGAAAUAAAUCUAAAUAUCAAGUGCAGUGAUUCAAUCAACAUACUCAAAAAGUUCAUAGAUAGCGGAAUCCUCGAAUUUGAAGAAGAUGAAAAUCAUUACCAUGAUAUAUUUGAAUUUGGUAAAGUAUUUAUGAACCAACUUCUUAUACAAAUGUAUAUCAAACAUGUCAAAUCAGAAAGUUCUAUUACAAAUGAAAACGUCUUUCGUAAGUAUGAAAUUUCUUUUAUUGAAAACGAUUUCACAACACAAGAUCGAUGCAUUGAAUACAUAUCAUCACACUUAUAUUGCCUUAAUGAGAGUGAUAUUAUCGAAAACACUGUUGAAUUCGGAAAUGACUUUUUUGAAAAAGUUUUGACAUCAAAAUCAAUAAAAAUCGAAAACGAAGAUAAACUAUGCAAUUUACUCCUCAAUAUUUGUAAACGUGACAAUAAAUUCUUUGAUUUAUUUAGACAUAUUUCAUUAGAAUAUUGUACUCCUCAUAUCUUUGAAGAAAUUUAUAAUUUUUCAGUUGAAAACUCAUUCGAAUCAACUCUUCUAACUAUUUAUAAAGACACACUGAAACAUCAUCAUUCACAUAUACGAAAUAGAAUCAAACUCUCAAAUAACUCUAUUUCAUCAUUCGAAAAACCCAUCACUAAACAAAAGUUUGAAAUUUCGAAUAAUCCAAUUAAUGUAUAUGAAUAUAGAUUCAAAGAAAUUUCGAAAGAAAUCAAAACGGAAUAUUCAGAAUCAAUUGAUAUUUCAUGGAUUAGACUUGAUCUAAAAGGACAUAAAUUGAAGCCAAGUUCUUAUAUUUUGUCAUCGAAUUGCACAGAUAGUUAUCAUCAUCAUCUUUUGAGAUAUUGGAGGUUAGAAGGUAUAAAAUCUGAUGGAUCUACAGUUGUAUUAGAUAAUAAAGAUUAUGCGUUUAAGAAUAAUGAAACCAAAGAAUUUCCACUCCAAACAAACGACUAUUUUGUUGCAUUCAAACUCAUUCAAACAGAAAAGAAUCAAUAUUGUAUAGAUAUUCCAGUUUUUGAUUUCAAGGGUGAACUAAUUAAAAUAUAA